CGGUGCACGCGUGCAACAUAUCCGCUGCGCAUUACUAAUUGCUAGCAAUCUUACCAUGAAUGAUUGGCCGCUGAUGGAUCACGAUUGGCUGAUUUAUGAUCCUUAUCAAUACUUCGAAUACUACCAGGAGCCCCAGCCUCCGCAGUAUAUGCCGCCGCCGGCGCAGUCCUACAUGCCACCGUCGCCAACGUUGACUUUGCUGCUUUCUUCUGAACCCAUGGCACAGCAGCCUGACGCAAAUGAGACAGAAUGUGUCGAGCCUCCUGCUGCUCCUAAAGGAGACAGCCCGAGGGAGAUUCGCAACAAAGCUGAAAAGCAGAGACGGGACAAACUCAACCAGUCCAUAGCAGAGUUGGCCUCCAUGGUUCCACCUGUGGUGGCUGCGAACCGAAAGAUCGAAAAGACUGGUAUCCUCAGACUGACCGCACAUUAUUUACGCGCUCAUCAAUACGUGUUUGGAGAAUCUAUCGACCAAUCAAAUCAAGUGUUCUCCCCAGGAUCUAUACGAGCACUUUUAGCACAUCUAAAUGGAUUCCUGCUCACCACCACCUAUAAAGGCAUAGUGGUUGUCGUUUCACAGAACAUUCGGCGCUAUCUUGGUUAUACUGUGCUGGAAUUACUGGGGCACAAUAUCUUGAAUAUCAUACACGAAGACGACCGAGAAAUGAUGAGAGAACAACUUAUGCCCAGGAGUGAUUUAUUGGGUUCAAAUGGAGAACUACUAGUGCCUGAUGAGCCGAACGGAAGGCAGAUGGUUGCUGCAGCACUAGCUAGUGACAAGAGAAGAUUCAUUGUAAGGUUCAAAAAAUUUGGCCAGCGAUCAGAGCCGAGUCAAUACCUUACGUGCCACGUGGAGGGCUCACUUCGAAAAUCAGACUCGGCAUGUCAAGGGUACAACCGAUGCUGUCAACUGAUACGACGCGCCCGUGCACGUAGCGACAACCCUUGCUCCAGCGGAAACGACGUAGUAUUUGUAGGUGUAGUACGUCCUACAACCGAUACUUUCAUCUCCGAGAGUGAAAUCGAAUCAUUCCGUAUGGAGUACCGUACACGGCACUCUAUUGACGGCCAAAUAAUACAGUGCGAACAACGCAUUGCUCUUGUGACAGGCUACAUGACCCACGAAGUCCACGGUGUCAACGCAAUGAACUUCAUGCAUCGGGAUGAUGUCCGCUGGGUGAUUAUCGCGCUUAGAGAGAUGUACGAUCAACAUCGUUUAUUCGGUGAAUCCUGUUAUCGCUUGAUGACGAAAAAUGGGCAAUUCAUCUACAUGAGGACUCGAGGUCGCUUAGAUGUGGAUCAUGGUUCUAGAGCUGUAACUAGUUUCGUAUGCACCAACACAGUAGUGGAUGAAAAAGAAGGUCAAUAUCUGAUUAAAAAGAUGAAAAAGAAAUUUACUUUAAUGGUAAAUAACAAUGAGGAGCCCCCAGAAGAAUUGGAUACUAAUAAAGAAACGAAUGACAGUCAAGUUAUCCCAGUGGAGGAUCCCAGGCAAUUGGAAAAGGUUAUACUUCACCUGGUGACUAAUUUACCAUCGCCGGGUGUAGAUAAUAUUCCGCGCAGUAUAUCCCCAGAUCGGUUCGAGAUAUCACCGGUUCGCUUAUCCAUCAUACCGCCAAAAAAAGACAGAAUUGUUAAGGCCAUAGAAAAAAUAUACAGCAUUAUAUCUCCUCUACCAAAGAGUUGUGAAAGGACAUACCACUGCGAACAAUCAGAAACUACUAAUAUAAGUGCUUAUCCACCAAUAACUGAUGUUGAAGUACCACUCUACCAGCAAAAUCAAGUCGAUUCAUCCCAACCUCUUACGAUGAUCCCAACACAAUAUAAUGGACCAACAAUAUCAGAAACUAAAUUUAGCAACAUAUAUUACCAAUCUCAACCAGCUGAUAUUAUUUUGAAUAAUUCUAAUUAUUUUAACACUACGAAUUCUAAUAUCAAAUCAUUGCCAAGAAAUAUAAACACACCAACGGGCAAUUACAACGGAACGGCAUCAAUUACAUUUUCAAAUGUGAGCUUGAAUAAAAAUUCUGAUUCUUUAGACGAUGCUAAUGAGUCAGGAUCGGACAUAAAAUAUCACGUAUAUGUAUCUCCACAACGUGACGACAAUAAAAUUCCGUCUACUUCAAAAGUACCAGAAACAAUCACUGCUCAAUCUGGUAUUAAACGGCCAAGUGAUUGUAAUGAUCAAGAAAUAGCGUCAAAGAAAAAAGUAGCUGCAAAAAAAGAAGAAGAAAUUCAUGAACAAAAUUUUUUGCUUGAUGAUUUUUUUGAUGAAGAUCUUCUCAAUUCAUCAUUUUCUCAAUUUGACGCGGCACUAGACUCUAUAUUGGAUCCGACAUUUCCAGAUUUACUAAUCUCGGCGGACGUUCAAGAAAUCCUCAAAGAACUCGACAACGCAGAAGACUCGCAUUCAGACCCUUAAAAGGCAAGAAAUUCAAAUAGCUAUCAUUUAAAUUUUAACAACAUAAACGUAAAAAAAAUUUAUUCGUACUAAUAAUUAAUAUUUUGUGAUAUUUUACAACUCAAAAAUCUAAUUGAAAACUAUUUAAAAACGUUAUCUUUACAUUGUUCUAUAAUUUACCCAAUAUAGAUGUUUUAGGGACUAUUUUGGUCAAUCUCGAAUAGAUGCUAUAUCAAUUCUUUAUAUAAACUUCGUCCUGAAGGAACCAUGAAACAUUCUAUUUUAGAUGAGCCUUGAUUAUAAACAGUACAAGUAUCUACAAUAAAAAUUAUUAAUAACAUAAUAUUCAUGUAACGCUCUAUCAUUACCAGUGUUAUGUAAGUCGUAAUGUUAAUUAAUUUACCAACCACACGCAGCACUGACAAAAAAAAACUUAUUUUUUUUUUAUUAAAUCUAAAAGUGCCAUUUUUCAGGAUAUCGAUGAAAAAUUGUUGUGUGUAAUUCAGUGAAAAUUUUCUCACAUCAGGUGGAUUUCUCAAUUAGAACUGAGAACUAUUUUUUGUCAUUUAAUGUAUUUUAUACAUUUUUGUAUUUUUUUUUAGUUUAAAUACACUUUGGUGUUCCUAUUCACUUACACAAGAACAAAAAAGUUUACCUGGUUGACAUUUGUAUUAAGACACACUGUCUAGUGGAAUAUGAACUAGUCUAAAGACUAAAUAUCUAUUCGGAAACUGUCGUAAUAUUGAAAAUAUCUAAAUUACAGGUUUAUGUAGUUAUUAGGGUCUACAUUUUCUUAGAUCCUAACAAUGAUGUGUGUCACUUCUUGACGUUUUGUAGUUAAAAACUAGAGAAUUUAUUGAUAAAAUUCAUUUGCAGAUUUUAUGAGAGUUCCAAUUUGGAUUAAAAAGAUGUUUCAAUAUUUCGAUACAAGUCUGAUGAACAUUACCUAUUUUUUUUAUAGCUGUAAAUAGAAUAGUGAUCCUGCUAGCGCUAUCGGUAUACGCCGGCAAAGCAUCAGUGAAAAAUGAUAGGUGAGGAUAAAAGCACCUGAAAAAACCGACCUGAUAGGGUAUAUUGUUAGCAUUGCAAUAGGGCUGUUAGUUUUAAUAACAGUCCCCAACCCCGCUUUAUAAUUAUGUUGUGAAUUCCUCUAAAUAAUACUUUUAUUUGUUAAUUUGUUAUAAAAUUUCUAAUUAGUAUACAUUAUCUCUUAUAGUUUAUUGCUUUACAUAAAUCUUGCCUGUCUUUAAAAUAUUUUAUUAUGUUGCCACCUUGAGUACGGAUUUAGUAGCAAAAGUGUGGCCAAAUCGCAAAAUUUUGACUUCCAGGGGUGGCAAAAGCUGCUGUAAAAUUUAUUGUAAUUAUUAAAAAUAUUAAAAAAAGCACGGCUUCUAUCUUCUAUUUCUAUUUUUAUUGAAUGGUUAGCGCCAUAGAAACGAGAGCAUUGUAAUAAAAAAUGAUUAGUACGAUUAAUGGUUAAACCGAAGGUGAUUCAUAAAUAAACUAAAAAAUAAUAGCUAACAAAUUUUGUUACAGCAUAUAUUUUUGUUGCCUAUGGAUAGUCAAUUGUCAGAUUUAAUCAAAACAUAAUUAAAGUGGCAAUAAUGCAUUUCGUAAUGAUGAGUGAGUCUAUCUACACAUAGAUAUAUUUACAUUGUUUACCAUUGCAAUACUAAUUUUAAUGUCGAAUGUUAUAAUUCCCAGUCCUAUCAUUUUAUAUUAAUAUUUCAACAUAAGCCGGACAUGAUUUCUGUGACUUAUUUUCCCUGGCUAAUCUUACAACUAUUAAAAAUACAAUUUAUAAUAAAAUAAUAUACAGUUUGUCCCCUCUUAAUGUUUAUAAAAUUUAACAAGUUUCUAUCAAAUAAAUGUAUCAAAUGAGGAUAUUACUUAUAUAAAAUAUAAAAUUUGAUCAAAUACAUACCUCUCUUAUUGUAAUGUAUGUUAUUUCUACAAGUAAAUGUAAUAACUUAUACUCUAUUACCAAUUCCAAUUACCGUCUCUAUAAUAUAAUUUAUCUAAGUAUUACUGUACAAAAUGUAUACUUUAAUCUGUUUUUUUUUUUUUUCUUUACUUAGUAAUGUAUAGUACAUUACUGCAGCGGUCAGCAACUGAGGCAUUGAUGGACGAACGUAGGCCGAGACACACAUACGUGAGUCCAUCAAUUCCUAGUUGUGGCCAAGGCUUGUAUAGUACUUUUCUCAAACAAUGCGUGGAAAUCAAAAACACAAUUUUACUUUUUAAGUUCAAAGACUAAUAACAAACAAUAAUAAUUUUUCACGCGCCAUAAUGUUCCUUUGUUUUCUUUUUUCAAUAAACAGUUUUCUAUUUGCAAGCCAGUUCGAAAUUUAAAUAAAACCUUUUAUUAGUUAUUUCCUUGGUAGUCAUGUUUCGAAGUAAAAGGUCAUUCCAUUUUUAAAUUACAGGACAAAUAUGAGUUUACAUAGUAAUUUAUCUGGCCGCAAAACACGACACAUAUGGAUUUUCAUACAACUUUUGCCGGCCGCUGCCCGCAUGUAUCUGGCCAGUGCGGCAAUUUUGAUUUAUCUCGAAGAUUGUCAAAAUAAUGCUCACAUUUUUAAGCAUGUUUGAGAAAAUAAAUUAAUCGAUUUUUGAAUGUCUUGUUUUCGAGAUCGAUCUUUUAUCAAAUUACAAACAAAUAUAUGGAUUUGUGUAUUAAUAUAAUUUAUUAUAAACAAUACAUAAAUUUACCUGGUACUUAUUGAUUUAUUUGAUGCACUGUUCUAUUAGUACAAAACAUGCCAUAUUUGUUUAAUAAAUUUUAAAAGUAUAAAAACAGUUUUUUUUUUGAUAUUUUUGUUAUACAUAAUAUUUAAUAUAAAAAUAUUUCAACAGUAAUGUGCCAUAUUUUUAAAAGAUAGUGUCUAGAACUUUACUGUUUAGUCAUAUUGCUAUAUGUUUUAUAUUUUGUAUUCUAUAAUGGUUGGAUAUUUAAAAUGUGUAAAUAUAAAAAAUUACAAUUCAAAAUUAAUUUGAUCUCUAACUACUGAAACUAUCAAUUCUUACAUCUUAAUAAAUUUUAACCGAAUAAUGUUUAAAAAGUCAAAAAUUGAUUAUUUUUAUGUAUUAUUCAAAGGGAAAUUAAAUUUAAAACUAAUAAGAUAUUCGAAAUAUAUAUAUAUAAAAUAAUUAUAUAUUUAUAUAGAAAUAAGCUUUCAUUUUGAUCUUAAAUAUACAUUUUAGAAUACCUAGAUUAUAUUAUUCAUGUCUAAGUAAGUGUAAGACUGAGUAUUGUUUAAAUAUCAGGAAUUUGUAUCUAACAUUAUAAUACCUAACCUCUUAUUCAUAAAAACGUCAAACUUCUUAAAAACCUAUUUUAGUUAAUGAAAUGUUUUUUUUUUUUUCUUUUGUGCUGAAUUCUUAAUUUGAAGGAAAUUACCAAAACACUUCAAUAGCUAAAAUAAGUUAGCAGGUUUUACUUUUUAUGAAUAAGAAAGCAAGUGUAUAGUUAAGUACCUACAGUUCAGCAUUUUGUAGAUAGAUGUAACUACUAGACGCUUCAAGCCAGAUCUAGUUAUUAUAAUUACACAUAUUCUUUUUACCAUAGCAUCUGUAAAAGUUAUUGUUUUUACCGUCAAUUGUCUUCUUGAUUUCAUUAUGCUCGUUCAUCAAAAGCAAAGGGGUUCAAAAAGUAGUAGAGAUUGUCAGCAGAUAAUCACUCAUUUUCAUUUAGAUAAUUUUAAAGAAUAUUUUGAAGUACUUGCCAUUUAUAAUUUUAUUAUAUAUUUAUAUAUGUAUAUUAUUAUAUAAAAUCAAUCGAUUAGACACUUCUACGCCAACGCCAAUUCCAUUUGUUCUGGUGUGGAUACAAAAAAAUUAUAUUUUAAAAAAAAUCUGUAUAUUAUUAUUGAAAAUAAGUAUCAGUAAUUACUCACCGUUUAUUUUGUGUGAAUUUUUUGUCACAGACAUCAUUGGCGGUAUCUAACAUUUUAAGUAAUUAAAACAAUUAAAGUGCCAAUUAUUAUUUUAACUAUUAAUUUUUAAAUAUAUGUAUAGAAAUAUUGUAUAAAAAAUUAAGUAGUUCUACCAAUAAACCAUAAAAAUAAAUAAAUAAUCAAAUCAAACAUCUAUGAUACAGUGUUAAAAUUUCAUGUAUAUAACCUAAUCUAUAUUUUAAAUAAAAAUUAAUUUUCGAAUGUACAACGACUAUUUAGUACUUAAAACAUGUCACUUUAGAACUGAAUAUAACAGCAUCUAUUUAGCUAAUUCCGUUUUUGUUGUGUUAAUAAUAAUCAGGUAAAAAUUUGAAUAAAAGAUAAAGUUUAAAAAACAAUAUAUAAAAGUGAAAAACUUGAAUUAAAGAAGUAUCGACAUUAAAAACGACCGAGUGAGAUGGUAGAUUCAUUCGUAACCGAGCAGCUAAUAUUUUAUAGUGAUUUUAAUUUUUCUUUAUUUUAAAAUGUUCUUUGUAUUAAUAUUUGAACGUGUUCCAGCAACUAGUUCUUACUAGUUACUAGUGAUAAACAAGUUAACUGACUACUUGAUUGAAAAUGGCAACUGUUUAUAAACAAAUUAACUGUAUAAUUGUAUAAAUUAUACAGUUAAUUAGAUAUUUACCUAUUUAAAUAAAUUCUUAAAAAAUAUCAAUAGGCAGAUAUGUGGAUAUUGGUAGAACUAUUAAAAAUACAAAAAAAAGGUAGCAAUUGCUUAGCGAAGAGCUUAAUUUGACUGAAUAAAGUUAGAUUUCAUAUUGUACAAUAUGUACUCUAUUUUUAAAAAUUUACCUAUUACGCAAUAUAGUAACAUAUAUAUCGUAGAAAUACUUGCAACCUUAUAUAUCGAUGCUAGAUAGUUAAAAUGUAUUAAAAGUGAUGUUGCGAUGUAGUGAGCUGCCCCGGUUUCUAACGGGUAUAGUGUUUGUUUGUGUAACUUUUAAACUGUUCAACACAGUAAGGCUGGUAUUUUGGCGUAUGAGAAAUUACUUUACCAUUAUUUUCUAAGAUUUUAAAUGAACGGCCUAUUUAGCAUUUUGAUGUGCGCGCGUUUAUAUAGUUUUUCCUAUGCACCUUACCACGCCCCGCAUUCUCGCACGACCAGCGACAGCGACUACGCAAUUUUACCUGUUCAUUGUUUUUAUUUCACAUUAUCUUCUGGCCAACUGCAUUAAUGAACAUGUAAUGCUAUAAAGAGUAAACUUAUAAAUGGAGUAGGAAUAAACUAGAUCUUGUAAAAUUUAUUGUACUUACCACCAAAACCAUGUUUUUGGCUAAGAUAUUAAACUUUGAUAUACGGUAUCGCAAACUUUUUUAUAAAGCUAAAAGUAAUGAAUAUUUUUGCCUUGUUUACUGCAAAGGUGGCAAACAAGCAUAUAGCCCGUUUGAUGUUAAACGAUUACUAUAACCUAUGGGCGCCUGCAACACUAGGAGUGUCACGUGCACGUUGUCGACUCUAAAAUUGCUAUAAAGUUUAUUCCUUUAUUUCAAACCAUUCAGGUAGCGCACGCUAUAUUAUAAAAUGUUUUCCCACUUAUGUAAUUAAUAGAUUUAUUGUGAUUAAUUACAAAAAAUGUAUAUUGAACAAAAAACGUUCCAACAGUAGAAGAAUUUUUAAAAUCGGAUCAGUAGUACUGGAGAUUAGCCCAAACAUCCAAACUCACAAACUUUACCUCUUUAUAAUUUUAGUAUACAUAAUAUCAUUGAAUUCAGUUUAUUUUCUGCGUCAAAUGAUAUUUUAUUUAAUUCAGUAAUCAAAGGAAGCAGGUGGCUAUGUAUCCAGGUCACAAAAUGGCCAACCACAGAAAUAUCUUUGGUAUAUUUUAUUAGUAAAAAACACUUCAAAAUACAAAGAUGCUAUAGUAACUGUAAUACUGGAAUAGACAUUUGUACUACUUAUUAUUAUUUUGUCUUUUCGUUUCAUUAUUUCCUGUAAAAUUCACCAAAUAGCAUUUAAUGCAUUUUGCCUUCCUAGCGUCGAUAUUAGGUAUAUAUAAAUUCAGCUUCAUAACUAAUAGGGUAAGAAAUAUAUUAUAUUAUCGUUUUCUCUUGUAUAAGAUUUUUGUGUUAAUGUGGUAAAGUGGUGCGAAUAUUUACGUAGGUACUAUAGUUAUAAUUUGUAAUCUUAAGUAAUUUCUUAUUAUUUAAGGUUGAUCUUCUUGUUAAAUUAUAAGGGGAAAAGAGUUUAAAAGGUAAUUAUUAGUAUAAUACCUAUUUCUUCCGGAUUUCUUUAUAAAUAUAAAUGCAGAUCUUGGAACAUAUAGUAAUGCGUUCGAAUUUGGUAACUAAUUCACAAUCGAUUUUGCAUACUCCUUAAAUAAAAAUUUAACAUCACUAAGAAUUAUAUACAUAGUACAUAUGAAUUAUAGCAACUUGAUAUACGUAAUCAACCAGUACUUAUUUAUUACUAGCUUUAGCCCACGACUUCGCUUGCAUGUGCUAUUAGAUUUUUUGCGAGUCCAUUUUCCAUUUUAUAAAUUGUAGCCGUUGCCCGCAAUUUCUUUCGUAUGAAAUUCGGUUACAUUGCAAACUACCAUUUUAUAUUUUUCUCCUCCUCAAAUGUAGAUGUUUAAAAGAUUUAGACUCAUAAUGUCUGGCUUCAGAAAUGCCAGACCUCAUUCACUCAGUGAUGAAUUUUUAUAAUUGUUGAAAUGCGUAUUUUCUGUUUUAUAAUCAAAAUCUACCCGUAAUAUACAAAAUUUCAUCCUUCAUCCUUAUACUUUAAGGUACUGAGGGGUAGAAUUCUUGAAAACUGAUUACUCUUAACUUGUACUUCUAAAAUUAAAUAGUAAAUUUCCAUUCCUCAUUCCCCUUUAAGUAUGAAAAUUCUGAAAAAUUCUAUAAUCCAACAAACAUAUUAAUUUUUUUAAUCAAAAGCCUUUAUUUAAAAUAUCACGUGUAUAACAUCUACACUAACAAAUUUCCAUACAAACAAACAACCAUAUAAAUAAACAACUUUCGUUAAUUUCGGUUGUGUGUGUAUAUGUAUAAGUCAGAGGUACGUUUAAUGUAAAGACAACCGCAGAAGAAAAGUUCUAAAAAGUUUUACACAACUUGGUUUUUAAAUGCUUAGACAAAUUAAAAUCUAAUUCUUAUUUAAUAUCUUUGCAAGUAAAUAGUACCUACAUACCUGCUUCUUUAUUGCCGAUGUUUCGACUUGGAUUGCACCACGUCGUGACAGGACGACAGGACAGACGAUAGAACUGAGGUGAGCGGCGUUUUUGUCUUACAGCCCACGCAAUCUCUUCGAGUACUCACACACUGUCACUAUUAUUAUCUAGAUCCACCAUACACACCGCGCUCACUUAUCAACACUGCCUUUAUUCAAAUUAUAGUGUUUUUAGUGCACUAAGUUAGCUCUACUUAUCACUGGUUUGAACUGAAUAACCCGAAGGUUCUAUCAACCGAACGUCACUAUUAUACUCGGAUAGUACAUUAUGCCUUUUAAAAAUAGGAAAAAAAUCGAAAAUUUUUAUUAAAGAAGAUGUAUAUAGGCUUUCAACAGCAUAGCACCCAGUGAUUAGUGUGUCGUUGUCUCUCCUACUGAUAGUGGGACUCCCUACUCUACGUUUGUUUGUCUGAGUUUGCUACUUAUAAAGCUUUUUCAAUAUGUUUCAAUAUAAUAUCCAGUGAUUAAUAGAACUGUUUUAGUACACUAAAAAGACACGAUAUUUUGUUUAAACGUAGUGUGGAUACCAAGAUUGCGGUGUGUAGGGUGGAUCUAGAUACAAACAGAGCGAGGAUACCCAAAGAGACUACGCAGACUGCUAGACGAAGACGCCGCUAAUUUCAGUCCUGUCGUAACCACAACGUGAUGCAAUCCACGUCGAGACGUCGGCAUUAAAGGAGCGUGUAUGUAGGUACUAUUUACCUGUAAAGGUAGAUUUUUUCAUUGCGUUAAGUCUCGAUUGUGCAUUUAAAAUAUGUGUCAACAACGCGAACAUUUAAAAUUAACUGCUUUUAUAAUGAUCGUAUGAAUUUUUAAUUACGUUAGUCGUCUUCUUUUUCUUCUUAUAGUGCCUCUCCAACUAGUGAAGGAAAUGCUAACGCCUCACGGAAACUGUUCUGUUGUGUUGUUAAUGGUUAAAGUAAUUCAAUGAUUUUAUUGUAAGACAACAUACUUACCUACUUAUCAGCAAUUGCUUUUUAAAUUUAAAAAAAAAAUAUACCUGAAGGUAAUUUUGCAAUGUUUGUUUUUUCAACCUACUCGUAAAUUAAAGUAAAAUAAAAUAUUUUUAUUCCAAUCCCGAGAAACAGUUUGUUAUUCUUAAUUACUGUCUGGCUGUCUAUUAAUAUCUGUUUUAGAUAAUUUGUGUACUUAUCUACUUGUUUUCAUGCCGUUCUUUAACUAUUUAUAUUUGAUUUGAAUUAUUUUUUCUUUAAAUGCUACAACAGUUUUCCUACAGGUAUUUUAAUUUCUUUUUAAAGAGAUUAUCUAUCAAAGAACGUGUCUCAAUCAAAUCCUGGAAACGUUUUGACAACUCUAUAUUUGGAAUAAGUUUGGCCAAUUUGAUAUUAUAAAUCAGUUAUCAUUCUAAUACAGUACUUGAAAUCUCUAAGCUUGCCAACUGGCGCUGCCAACAUAGCGCGAGCCAAUUUAUGUUAAUGUUUACCUUAUAGCAGUAGAUACAAGUAUGCAUUCCCUUAUUUUAUGCCUAAUAUAUCUCACUUUUUUUUUUUCAAAUAUUUUAUACUACUUCUUGGAUAAAAAAAAUCUUGUCUAAAGAAUUAUUGUCAAUUUUCAUUGUGAGAUAUAGUUUUCUUAUUGUACACCUUAUGCGUCGUCAUUGCUAAUUAUUUUAUGGCUCCAUACCAUGCAAUUUCAAUACCACAGCUAUUCAAACACAGUUAUGAAAGUACAACUACUUGACAGUACAGAAACGACUAUGCAGACGAAAUGGUUAUUCAUAGGUACUAUUUAUUAUAUACCAACACUAGAAACAACUAACCCCGCUAUAAGACUUACGUUACUUUUGGGCAUUUAGCUAUUUUAAUCGUUUAGAAACAUAAAUUUUAAUAAGUUUUAGUGGUUAUUAACACGUGCCUUUAUAUCGUUAUAACCAUAUCCUUUAUCGGGUAAGUGGGUAAAUUAUAUACCUCCUUACAUUUUCAGAAAAUCGGUUAUACACGUAAAUAGUGAUGGUAAAAUUCGGUCUUUUUUUAGUAUUCGAGUAUUUUAAUAGUCGUUAAAAAAACUAAUCUUAACGCGAGUUUAAGAACAAGUACUCGAAUACUUUUACGGAUAUUCGAAUAUUUUAUUCGAAUCAAAUAUUUUUUUUAAAGUUUUCUGAGGUUUACUUUUCUGAAUAUAAUAAAUGUUAACUAAUAUACUAAAUUUUCUUUUUGUAAUUAAGAAAAAUACUCAUAAAAUGCUGGUACGAAAAAUUUAUGAUAAAUUCAAUAAUACAUUCGAGAAUAUUCGAAUAUCCGAGUUCUGCAUAUUGAGUACUCGAAUAUUUGAAUUUCUAUUAAGUAUUCGCCUCAACCUGAUUUGGCACAUCACUACAUGUAAAUUGCUGUAACUCUUUUCCCUUACAAUGACUGAUCAACGUUUUAUACUUUUGUAGAUAGGUAUAUAACGAACUGAACACUAGAUAAGAUUUUAUUUUUAUAUUUUAUUUUUAAUAAUACCAUAAGAAUAAAGACAAGGUAGAAGUGAUACUCCCGUCAAUUCAAUAAUCCACGUCUGUGACUCUAGCCAUCCGCAAGAAUUAAACUCAGUAUGAAUCAGUGCAGUUGUACGAUGCACAGAUAGCGUUUAAUCGUAAACCACUAAAUCGCUUUUUUUUUUUAUUUUACUUGUAUAUAAUAUAUAUAAUAUGUAUAUAGAAUCUAGAAUUCUAAUAUAGUAUAGGAGCGACUCUUUCUCCUACACUAGUAGAAAUGACAAUGUCACAUACAAUCUAAUAACUCAUAUAUGACAUGGAUAAAUGUCGGUAAUAUACAGUAGGUAUAUUAUACAACAUAUAUUAGAUAAAUACGUAGAAAGAAAAUGCCAUAGAAAUGCUAAAAUAGGUAUGUACUGCAUACAAGUAAAAUUUAUCGAUAUUAUAUAUAAGUUUUUAGAUUGUAUGUGUCGUUGUUUCUACUGGUAGAUAUUCCUACACUACGU